AUAUAUGCGAACUCAGAGCUUGAAGAUAUACGUGGUGGACAGUGCUGAUCAGGACGAUUCUUCCUGUUGCCUUGGCGUAUGCAAAAUUCCUCUACUUGGUUUGGUUGAUCCUGCUAGAGGUCAGGUGGAUGGAGUGUUCGAAAUCAUCCCUUUGAAUGAGGAGCCGGAUUCUAAAAAGCAGUUUGGCACAAUGAACGUCAGACUGUUUUGGAGCAAACCAUACAAUCAAUCCUUUACACCACACCCUGAGAAGAGAUUUGUUUCAAGCAAAGAGAACUGGAAUGGACAUGCUGAAGGGACGAAGCAGCAACCUGACACUUUGGCCAAUUCGGGUAAUUCGAUCGAAGAAUCAAUAUGCUCUGAACACAAGAGCAACGUGUCUGAGUCUGGAGCAGUCCACAUCAUAUGUCCCGUCAGAUCUUCUGCGAUCGAAAAAGCAGGUAACCAGAUGGAUACAGAAGCUAUGGAAAUCUUCAUUCAGCUAGCAACCGAAGAAUUGGAACUUCCAGGUUUGGCGGACGAGGAGUGGACGUCAACAACCCCCCGACCCAAUGUUAUUUCCUACGGGGCUUCGACAGAACCGACACAAAAGAAGAAGUCAAACAAGGUAAUGGCCAAACAACCGUGUAAGUCACCUCUGGGGAGUUCGAAGCCAGUGGAGAUGGUAGACUCCAGUGGUACCACAAGUUUCUCUGCUUCAGUGUUCGAGGAAACAAAUUGCUCCGCUAACGCCGUCGGGAAGAACUAUUAUGGGGCAAGAAAAUUAGAACAGAAGCGCAACGACAGAACGGAUGGUAUGCCAACACCGUUACCCAGACACCGAGACCAUGGUGGUCAGAAGGGAUCACGUUCCGGCGAUAAGAAUGCGAUUUCAGACUUUAGACAGUCUCGAGUACGUCAUUCUACCUCAUCCAAAAAGAUGGAUGAAGACUCUGUGAUGAACACAAAAGGAAGGACAAUCGCAAAGUGUAGUGAAAUUGACGAAAAUCAUGUCAGGAUUAGAUUGCAUCGCGUGGAGUUCGCCGAGUUGCCGGAUCAAAUGAAGAACAAUGAGCAUGACAAAAUUUUUGUUGAAUAUUUCUUCCUGGGAUCACCGGAACCAUUUGAAACAUCAUCUGCUCCGCUGCUUGCACUAAAUACUGAUUUAGGAGCGACGAUAUUUGUGGCUGAAUUGGAGUACGAAAAGUCGUUUUCUGUCGAUCCUGCUGAAAAUUUCGAACGAAGACAGCAUCUGGCAACCUAUCUCUGGUCUCAAGACCCGAACAGUGACAAGCUGGCUUUCACCAUUGUUACGGAUCCCGCGGUCACACAAGCUGCUGAGUGCGAAGAAGUCGGUGUCGCGAGAGUGACGAUUCGAGACAUCCUAACAGCGAAAAGAGAUAUGGAACACAUUAUUAUACCAAUAUUCUCCGUGGACACUCGUCACUCAGAAAACAACCCCGGUGAAGAAAUAGGGAGCAUUACCGUCUCUAUUCACUGCCUGGCUGCACUGGAAGCAAUUAAAAAGGAGAUGCAAGAAUUAACAGUUGCAACUGCUUGAGCGUUCGAACGUAUGUUAUUUCUAUUUGAUGAAUUGCAAUUUGAUACGAAUUUUAAAAUAUAAAACCC